UUUCUUCCAAUUUGUUGCCAUAAGCACCUGGGUAUUUUGUCUACAUCUAGCAGCACUCCAAAAGUCACUACUAAAGCUCUAAGGAGACCUAUGAAAAUAACUUGAGCGUCCGAGUGUUUAUGGUGCGAGAAGGAAACACGGGAAGCCGGCAGAACGCGCGUCGGUGCUGCCGAGGCCCGGCGGCUGCAGGCCCAGCCCCAAGGGCUCCGCGGGACGGACACGCCGGGGCUGCGCUCGGGUCUCCCGCGGCUGCGGGGCAGCGCCCACGGACGGGAUCCCCGGGCCGUAGAGGGCUGGCAAAGCAGCAUGAAGGUCGGCAUGAGGGGGCCAGUGCAGGGCCGGGCCUAGGAGCGCACCGCCCGAGUGUACCGGGCCGGGCAGGGCAGGGCAGGGCCGGGCAGGGCCGGGCCGGGCGGGACAGGGCGCGGGGCGCUCCCCGUGCGGCCCCGCCCCGGUCCCCGCGGGGUGGCGGGAGCGGCCGGGCAGCCCCGGCGGCCGCCGCCUCCUUGUUCCCCGGCUUUGGCGCGGGGAAGGACCGCAGCUAGAGGGAGCUGCUCCGGACCGCGUCUGCCCGUGCGCCCCGGUUCUUUCACAGGCUCCCCCGCCCCUUCCCUCCCUCCUUCCCCCGUGAUGGCGGAGGACAGCGAGUCCGCGGCCAGCCAGCAGAGCCUGGAGCUGGAUGACCAGGACACCUGCGGCAUAGACGGCGACAAUGAGGAGGAGACCGAGCACGCUAAGGGAAGUCCUGGAGGGGAUUUGGGAGCGAAGAAGAAGAAAAAGAAGCAGAAGAGAAAAAAGGAGAAACCAAAUUCUGGAGGCACCAAAUCAGAUUCUGCAUCUGACUCCCAGGAAAUUAAAAUUCAACAACCUUCAAAAAAUCCAGCCAUUCCAAUGCAGAAACUUCAAGACAUCCAGAGAGCAAUGGAGCUGCUCUCUGCAUGCCAAGGCCCAGCAAAGAAUAUUGAUGAGGCUACCAAACGUAAAUACCAGUUUUGGGAUACGCAACCUGUACCUAAACUUAAUGAAGUUAUAACUUCACAUGGUGCAAUUGAACCAGAUAAGGACAAUGUCCGCCUAGAGCCAUAUUCUUUGCCACAAGGUUUUAUGUGGGACACAUUGGAUCUUAGCAAUGCUGAAGUUCUGAAGGAGUUAUACACACUAUUAAAUGAGAAUUACGUAGAAGAUGAUGAUAAUAUGUUUAGGUUUGAUUAUUCACCUGAAUUUCUUCUGUGGGCAUUGCGUCCUCCGGGCUGGUUACCGCAAUGGCACUGCGGGGUUAGAGUGUCUUCAAACAAAAAACUGGUAGGAUUCAUAAGUGCCAUCCCUGCAAAUAUUCGUAUUUAUGAAAGUGUGAAGAAAAUGGUAGAAAUCAAUUUUUUGUGUGUCCAUAAGAAACUGAGGUCUAAACGGGUGGCACCUGUAUUGAUUCGGGAAAUAACCAGAAGAGUAAACUUGGAAGGAAUUUUUCAGGCUGUUUACACUGCUGGAGUGGUACUUCCCAAACCUGUGGCCACUUGCAGGUAUUGGCAUCGAUCACUAAAUCCCAGAAAACUGGUGGAGGUGAAAUUUUCACAUUUGAGUAGAAACAUGACUCUACAAAGAACAAUGAAGCUCUACAGACUUCCUGAUGCCACAAAGACUUCAGGUUUGAGACCAAUGGAACAAAAAGAUACUAAAGCAGUACAAGAAUUAAUCAAUACUUACUUGAAACAGUUUAAUCUUGCUCCUGUGAUGGAUGAAGAAGAGGUGGCCCACUGGUUCCUGCCUCGGGAUCAUAUUAUUGACACUUAUGUGGUAGAGGGUUCAAAUGGUAUUUUAACAGACUUCCUCAGUUUCUACACAUUACCUUCAACAGUGAUGCAUCAUCCUGUUCAUAAAAGCCUCAAAGCUGCCUAUUCCUUUUACAAUAUUCAUACAGAGACUCCCCUGUUGGACUUAAUGAAUGAUGCACUCAUUAUAGCUAAAUUGAAAGGAUUUGAUGUGUUCAAUGCACUAGACUUAAUGGAAAACAAAACAUUCCUGGAAAAACUCAAGUUUGGGAUUGGAGAUGGAAAUUUGCAGUAUUACCUGUACAACUGGAGAUGUCCAGGCAUGGAAUCUGAAAAGGUUGGUCUUGUAUUACAAUGAGAACGCUUAUGUUUCUAGAACUCUUGAGGUCAUCGUUUGAAUUAAUUUGAUUUCCAUGACUCUUGAAAUGGCCUUGUUCAAGAGGAGUAAAAGCACAACGUCAGUGAUACUGAAAUAGUCCAUUAAAUCUGAUCAAUGAAGACAUCCACAUGUGACCAAAUUUACGCAUUUUCAGAUAGAUCAGACGGUUCAUGAAACUCUUCUAUUGUCCAUGAAAAGAAUAAAAAGCACAUUCAUUUAAGUUUCAAAGCUUAGCUUGCACCUGGAUGAGAAGAAGGUAUUUUUUCCACUCUGUAGAAAAGACUGUUUUGUAUAAACUGAACUUCAGUGGUGGAUUAGGGUACAAAAAUAUUUGCUAUUAUGUGGAUGAACUGCUGCAUUUCUAUUUAUUAAGUGGUGAUGUAUGUAUGUCAGUGUAACAGAAUGAAGGAUACAAACUGGAGUAUCUUUGCUUAUUUACUUAACAUGGAUAUCAUCAUUUGGGGGAAAAUCAUGGCGUAUGAUACCUUUGUAGCUCUAUGAAAGUCCUGGAUGUUUUUGUAACUGGAGCAGUAUGACAGUGUACUGGUUUAACUAGUGCAUUUGUUUCUCCAUAAGCAACGCUGCCAAAUCAAUAAAAAAAUACAGAUUUGUACUUUGAUCUUCAAUAGAUCAGUGGAUUGAUUUAACAGUAUCGCACUGUUCAGUGCAGGUGUUAUCUAUGUUGCCAGAAUGAUAAUGCAUUACUGUACUUAAUUUACAGUUGUGGCACAAUACCUUAGUUUUUCCUCAGUAGAAUAACAUCAGCCUGUGUGUAAAACUAAGAAUUUUAGUAGUGCUAUCAGGAUAUUUAUAGUUUGAAUGUUUUCAACGCUUCUGCGAAAUUGCACAUAUUCCUUUGUCUACUCUGAUUUCCUAUGAAGUCUGUAAUUCUAAUGAAAAGUACCUUGUGUAAAUAUGUAUUCAUAAAUUGUUCCUGGUAGUGUUUUUAUCCUGACUUUGGAACAAGGAGUUUUGCUAUAUAUGUGGCUGGUAAGCAGAAGAGAAAUGCUCUGCCCUCAGUCCUUGGAAGUCUCUGUACUGCACUUCCUGAAAUGUAGAAGGGCUGAUCUUUGUUGUUGGGUGGAGCUGUUUUAAUUCCCUCAUGAAUGCUCGGCAAUGGGAGUGGCUUCUGAAGCACUUUAUAUGCAUUCCAGCAUAGCGUCAUAGCUAGAGAUGAUAGCAGUUCUUUCAGCUCAUGGAUGCUGCAGAAGUGUGAGCACUGAGAAAAUCUGUGUUAAGAAACUGUUCUAGCUGAAAGUGCCAAAUUGUGGUAGUGAAGCCUCUGUGCUGUGAGCAUCUUUUGAAUGUGACUUGAAUAUCUCAUGAAAUGCAAAUGUCUAACUUUCCUUUUAAACAUGCCUGUAAUUCUGACAGCAGAUUUUGCUGAAAGUUUAAUUCUGUACAUGAAGAUAAAUUUGUCUGUUCUUCAUAACUGUUAGCCCUACCCACUACCUUGUAGCAGUGGGGUUUUUCUUUCUUCCCUCUCCUUUUCCACUGUGUGAAUGGUUCGUGGUUUGGUUUCUUUUUCUUGUUGAAUUGUGGGGAGAGGAUUCUGCCCUAGAAACAGUGAUAAAUACUUUCCCUUACUGCAUUAUAGCUGAUUAAAGCAUUCGACCUCCUUCAAACAAA